AUGCCUGGCGUCGCUAAAGAGGCUGUCGUGCCCAUUGAGGCCGUGCUUUUCGGCGUAGCAUCCUUCCUUGUUCUUGCCCGAUUAACUCUUCGAACUGUUCGUCAACGUCAGAGCCUCACCGUCAGUGACUGGUUUCUUAUCGCAUCAUGGUUCGAUGCUGCCGCACUCUUCGGAACCGAUACGGCUUCAUACAACUUGGGAGGAAUGGAUGAAUACGAUCCGGAAGCACCACCGCGAAGCAUCGAAGACCAGGUCGCUUUAGCCAAGAUCUCGUUUGCUGGGAACUACUUCUAUGAUACUGGAAUCUAUCUACCGAAGCUGGCGUUGCUGGCACUUUACUUCAAGCUCAUUCCGCAGACACUUCCAAUGCUGCGCAAGGCGCUCUAUGCCAGUACUGCAUUGACUGGAACGUUCAUGGUAACAACCUGUUUCCUAGAUACCUUCUGGUGCGGUGCCAAUGUCGCAGUUAAUUGGGAUCCAGAAGGGGGCUGCAGCACGUUCGAAUCGAAGACGGUUUUUCGCAUCGACUGGGGAAUGAACCUUGUUUCAGACAUCUUGGUAUUCCUUCUACCUUUUCCUCUUCUUUUCGGUCUUCAACUUAGUCGGCGCUACAUGGUCGGUCUUAUUGCCAUAUUUGCGUCGGGAAUCAUCACAGUAGGAGCAAGCAUUGGCAGAUUUAUCACCAUCGAUACAAUCCACGCAUGGACAAAUGUUUAUGUGUUGUCAAUGACUGAGCUUGCGGCUGCGAUUGUCGUGGUAUCUCUUCCAGCAUUGAAGUCCCUCCUCCACGGCUUCGGCCUUCGCUCGACAAAACAAGGAACAACGCAAACAGGUUCUGGGUAUCACAAGCACUCAGCAACAGUUACCUCAUCAAGCCACUUCAACAUGCUUUCCAGUGGCCGAGACCGUAAUGCUGAACCCUAUGGGACCACUGCUCGCGUGGCAGCCAUCCCUGAGGAAGACUCGGGAAGUGAAGUGGAGCUGACGAACCUUCAAGGGAUCUACAAGUCGGCCCGCGUAAGCGUUACUUACCAACGGCGGGACGAUGGUGAUUGGCUGGGGACAGAGAGACAAGUAGGGCCGGGAACGAAAUGA